AUGCGGUUUAUGGGCAUUGAGCAGGGUUCGCGUUCUGUACGCGAGUAUGAUGAGGAGUUCAGCCGUCUGUUAGUGCAUGCGGGCUUUGGUAUGGAGGCUGAGCAUCAGUUGACGAACAGAUUUCUGGAGGGACUUCGCAAGGAUAUUCGGACUCUAUGCAGGAGUAGUAUGCACACUUCGAGGGCGAGUCUGGUAGAGUUGGCCGCGUCGGUUGAGGCGGAUCUUGGUGGGCCAGUUGGUCCGGUGGCUGUGCCGUCAGCAGUUGCUUCUGCUACCCAGCCUCGGGGUCAGCAUCAGCAGCCGCGACAGCAGCAGCAGCAGCAGCAGAGGUGGUUCGAGUUUCAGUUCUGGUUCUGGCAGGGGCGGUUUGCCUGCGCAGGGUCAGAAGAGGAGUAG